AUGAAAGGGAUCGUUUCGCAAUCAGUUAAAGACAUUCUUCAAAGUUUAGUAGAUGACGAUCUUGUAACGACAGAUAAAAUUGGUACAUCAAAUUAUUAUUGGUCUUUUCCAAGUUGUGCUCUUCAAUCGCGCAAAGUUAAGAUUGAAGGACUUACUCAGGAACUACAAAAAUUUAAAGAAAAAAGUGUUGAAUUACAAUCAAGUAUUGAGUUAGCAUCUGAUGGACGCGAAAACACUGAUGAUCGAGCUAUACUGUUGAAAAAGGUAGCAGAAGUGGAAAUGAUUACCAAAAAAUAUCAGGAAGAAUUGGCACAUUAUCGAGAAUGUGAUCCUGCACUUUUAGAUGCUAAGGAAAAGCACGCCGAGCUUGCAUUGGAAUGCGGUAAUCGUUGGACAGAAAACAUCUUUAUACUCCAAUCCUAUUGUGCAAAUAAGUUCAAUAUUGAACGUACCGAUUUCAACCAACAAUUUGGAAUCCCGGAGGAUUUCGAUACAUUGUAA